AGAAACAACGGCGAACGCUGUCGAAAGGGAAGGCAGAAGAAAACGAGGAGAAAUUUGGUUCUUCGAUCGCUUUUGCCUGCUAGUUCUCCCUUCUCUUGUUGCUCAUUCAUUGAUUGCAACCUUGUUAUUACGCCAUUCUUUUUUUUCUUUUUUGUUUGAACACUGGAGAGGAGCGGUCGGUGGCCGCUGUGUUUUGGCUGCAUCUAUCCAUGCAUUUAAUGGCGGAUUAAGAUUUGUCGACCGGCCGAAGUGUGUUGAAUCGGUUUCAUUUUGUUUGUGGAAGCAUUUUUGUUAUUUUUUUGUAGUUAUCAUCUCGUGUUGCCGAUUGGUUCUAGGAAUUGCAGGGGAUUCUUUCUGAUUUUAGGGGAGUUUCCCUUUGGACAUAGGUAGCCUGCCAUCACAUAUUGGAUCUAAGGAGCUUAAGGGAGACACGAACCAAGGCGUUAUAAUUAGAAGCAGGAAUAUGGUGCGCAGCAAAUUGUCUACAAGCCCAAAUGAUCCGAUGAGGAUUUCUGUCAUUAUUAUUUUCGGACUAGUGUCGGGCUUCUUAGUAGGAGUUUCAUUUCCAUCACUUCCAUUAAGAAAGUUAAAUAUCACAGCGUCUAUUCUUAAUGAUUUUUCAAUAAUUGGGAACACAGAUACAACUAAGAGCAACUCAAUCAAAAUUCAACCCAGGAAGGAUGUAUCAAAGAUAUGGGUCCCUUCGAAUCCGAAAGGUGCAGAAAGGUUGCCUCCAGGCAUUGUUGCAUCUGAAUCAGAUUUGUACCUCCGAAGACUUUGGGGCAAACCUAGUGAGGACUUGGCGAGAAAGCCAAAUUAUUUGGUGACCUUUACUGUUGGUUAUGAUCAAAGGAAUAAUAUUGAUGCCGCCCUAAAAAAGUUUUCAGAAAAUUUUACUGUCCUUUUAUUUCAUUAUGACGGGAGAACAACUGAAUGGGAUGAAUUUGAGUGGUCAAAAAGAGCGAUUCAUGUCAGCGCUAGAAAGCAGACAAAAUGGUGGUUUGCUAAAAGGUUCCUGCAUCCAGACAUUGUUGCUCCAUAUGACUACAUUUUCAUUUGGGAUGAAGACCUUGGGCUCGAGCAUUUUAAUGCAGAAGAAUAUAUUAAGCUGGUGAAGAAGCAUGGUUUAGAAAUUUCCCAGCCUGGUCUUGAAGCCACCAGGAUUCCAACUUGGCAAAUGACCAAAAGAAGACUCGAUCGUGAAGUUCACAAGGAGACAGAGGAGAAGCCUGGCUGGUGCCAUGACCCCCAUAUGCCUCCCUGUGCAGCUUUUGUUGAAAUUAUGGCUCCGGUCUUUUCUCGGGAAGCAUGGCGGUGCGUGUGGCACAUGAUUCAGAAUGAUUUAGUUCAUGGAUGGGGUUUGGAUUUGGCUCUCCAAAGAUGCGUUGAGCCUGCACAUGAAAAAAUUGGAGUUGUAGAUGCUCAGUGGAUUGUUCACCAAAGCGUUCCUUCAUUAGGAAACCAGGGACAAUCCGAAGAAGGAAAGGCUCCAUGGCAAGGGGUGAGAGAGAGGUGCAACAGAGAAUGGGGAUUGUUCAGAAGUCGAAUGAAGAAUGCCGAAAGAUCAUACUACAAGUCCAUGGGGAUGGAUCCUUCCAAUUUCACCACACGCUCGUCGAAUUCCAAAGAUUAGCAUUAGCAUUAGCAUGCAAGGGCAAGGAUAUAUGGUAGGACAUAUUGUUUGUUUGUUUGUUUGUGUUUCAGUAGGAUGGAUAGUCGUUGCAUUUGUAUAUAAGAAAGAAUACAGUACUUAAUUGAUUGACCACACCCGAUUAUUUUCACCUCAA